AUGUCUGUCACAUUGCACACCUCGCUUGGAGAGCUCAAGAUUGAAGUCUUCUGCGAGGCCGUCCCUCAAGCUGCCGAGAACUUCCUUGCUCUUUGCGCAAGCGGCGCAUACGAUGGAUGUAUAUUUCACCGAAAUAUCAAAGGUUUCAUGGUUCAGACCGGGGAUCCUACUGGAACCGGUAAAGGAGGGCAAUCAAUUUGGGGCAAACCAUUUGGCGACGAAAUCCGGGCCACACUCAAAUUCAAUGCCCGGGGGAUUGUUGCGAUGGCCAACUCGGGCCCAGACUCGAACAAGGCACAAUUCUUCAUAACCUAUUCUAAACAGUCGCACCUUGACGCCAAGUAUACAAUCUUUGGAAGGGUAAUCGAUGGUGCAGACACGACAUUGGAUGCCAUGGAACGAACGCCGGUAAAUGAGAAGAAUAGGCCGUUGCAUGAGAUUAAGGUCAUCGGGGUCACCAUACAUGCCAAUCCAAUUGCCGCAGCUUCGCUCAAUGCGUAG